GGAGGAGGAGGAGGAGGAGGAGGAUGAUUGAUGAUGAUGAUCAUCGUUGCUCGAGCUCAAACUAUGGCAAGCACCGAGGGUCUGUGCGCGCGCAUCUCAAUGAAUCACUGGCGGCCGGCGGCGAGCCAAUCUCAGUCGAAGCCCCAGCAGCAACAUUGACAAGCGGAGGAUUAGGAGGAAAGGGGGCGCCAGUCUGUUGACAUUCUUCCUCCGCGAUCUAUAAUCACGUACUGGACCUUUCUCUGUUCCCCUCCCCCUACCCGCUCACCUUGUCUCUCCACGCCUCUCUCUUCUCUUUUUUUCUCCUCCACCACCUCUCUCUCUCUCCCCGUUCCUCCACGCGUCGGCCCCUGGUUUAGCCAUCCCCUCCUCCCCAGACCCGUGAUCAUAUUUGUUCCAUCUCCUACCCCCUCUGAGAGAAAGGGCCGUCGUUGAGGUAAACGGUCUCCUUUAAAAAAAAAACAACCCUCCUUCAUCCUCUCCUGCCCCUUCCCCCUCCCCCCCAAAAAAAAUCGCAGCUUUCUAGAACCCCUGGGAGCAUGGCGGAACAGCCCGCUUGAUAUGUGUAAUCCGGGCACGCUGCUUAAAACUCUCGCGAGAGGAACUGCGGGGGACAUUGUGGAACAGUUACGUGUUCGAGUAGGGGACAAGAGGAUGAGCUGAUCCCCACAGGAAGACUACUCUUAUGGGGUGAACCUGCAGAGAACUGCGUGAUAGAAAAUACUUCUUUAACGUCCUGAGUUUAGAAGUACUUUGGUCUUCAGCUUCAUCUCAUCUUGAUUUCAUCUUCAAAAAAUUCAUAAAGGACAGCAACACGAUGGCUUACUUCUUGUCUCUAAGGAGGUCGGUGGCUUUCGAAUCUGAACUCUGCUUUUGGGUGUUCUGAGGAAACAAUACUGCUGACAUUUUGAAAUCAGGAAAGGAGGCGUGAUGCGUUUAGGGUUGUUGUACACUUAACAAAUAUUCAAAUGAUAAGUGAGGUGUAAGAGACAGAUAAUGCCCCCGCGACAACAAAGCGAGAGGCAGAUUUCUCCCUGUGAACCAGUUUCAAAACAAAUGCCUGAGCCGUGUCCUCCCAUGCAGCCCCACCAACACCAUCAGCAACAACAGCAACAGCAUUCAAGCACGCAACGACCACGUGCACCUCCGCCACCAGCUUCUCCACCACCAGAGCUGCCGCAGACAUCUACAACUAACUGUCAACAAAUGAAAACAGCACUGAGACCAACCGGAGAAGAUACAAGCGAUGGAAGCGGAGGAGGACAAAGUGAAAUUCCAAGACGACAAGAGUGGGCGAAGCUGACCGACAGAACGCUCAGUCCCGAAGAAAGAAAACGGAUUGCAAAGACUGCUGCUCAGAGGCUCUUCGCCGAGAGCAGGAGCCAGAAAAAGGUUCCAGGCCAGGCAUUGCUGCAGGCCAAACGUCCUCAGGUGAACAUCACCCACUCACUGUCCAUGAAGACCACCCGACCUCCAGCCCCGCCGAGGAGGGCGUCGAACGUAGGCAAAGAGGUGUCCAAAGACUUCCUCACCCUGGCCUGCUACAACGCAGUGGCCACCGGUCAGCUGGGUCUUCUGAAGGCCUUGCAGAGAACGGGCAAGGCGCCACAGGUGGACAAGCUCGGCAACACGCCUUUGCACGUGGCGGCCAAGAGUGGGCAACUCAGGUCCUUAAAGUGGUUGAUCCAGCACUGCAGCGUUCCGCUCUUGUCCAAGAACGCACGAGGGGAGACUUGCGCCCACCUGGCGGCGUUGCAUGGCAACCUCAAGUGCCUGCAAACCAUUCUGGCACAGCCGGCGAGUCCGGCCAAAACCCUGGCAGCAGUAGCAGAGCGUGACAACGCAGGGAUGACGUGUCUUCAUUACGCGGCAAUGGGCAACCGUGACGACACCGUGGCGUGGCUUGCUCUCACCUUUGGUCGUGACCUUUGCUUGAUCAAGUCCGUUGACGGAGUACUGGCCAUCCACCUUGCGACCGCUUCAGGAAACAGGCCGUGCGCUGAAGUCCUCGUGCAAGUCUGUCGACAGUCAGUGAAUAUCCGAGAUAUCUUUGGUGCGACGCCUGUGUUCUAUGCCGCUCAGGAGGGCCACUUGGAUGUUCUCCGCUACCUGGUGGAAGAAGUGGAGGGUUCGCUCGAUCUUGUGGCGUGUGAGGGUAUGACCCCUCUGCUUUCUGCUGCGGAGGGAGGUCAUCUGGAUGUCAUCAAGUACAUUCUGAAAAAGCAAGGUCAUAGGGCGCUCUUUGCCACCACCAAAGACGGGGCAACAGCCUUUCAUUAUGCCGCGGGUAACGGAAGAGCUGGCGUCCUGAAAUACCUCCUGGAGACACAGGAAAGACGAGAACUACUUGGCGUCGCGGACCUGUACGACCGUACACCUGCGCAUGACGCCGCGGAAAAUGGUCACGUGGAGUGCCUCCAACUGUUGGUGGAGACCGGAGUCAGCCUCUACCUCCCUGACAAGGAUGGUGAGACAGCAAUGUCCCUGGCCAUGAGGAGCAGUAACACCAAGUGUGUUUUGUUUGCACGUGCUGUAGCGGAAACGGCACUGGAGAAAUGCAGCACCAAGUCCUUCAAAAAGAAACUGGGUUCCAGGCUUCACCACAUCAGUAGCAUCAUGACAGUAAGGGCAAUGGGCCGUGACCAGGCUAAAGCCUCCAAGGGCCGUGGGGUCUUCGACUGUUCAAAAUUUCCUUUUCGCAGCAAGCGCUGUCGCAAGGGAAUGGGACAACAGGAGUCUGCACACGGCGACCCAGACAAUGGAGCACAGACAAGCGGGCCCACAACCUGGCCCAGCUGGCAUCAGUCUUUGGCGUCAAGAGGCCCACCGCGACCGUCAGGGAGGGGCAUAUUCCGAGGAGAGUUCAUCUUACUACGAUCGUCUUCCCCUGGUGGAGGCAUGGUGCCGAUAGACGGUUGGAACGGACCCCUUAAUAACGGUCACCUAUACGCACAGAGAAAUCGUCCUGGUCCAAUAGCGCUGCCUUUAGGACGCAUGGACCAGCUCGGACGAUUGGGAAAGCUAGACUUCGACGAGGACGACCUUUUAGGCGAUGGACUAGACAGAUACGUCCACCACACAUCUACCAUAGAUGCACUUCGCCGACACAACAGCUUGCGUCAGAACUCACGUGACCCGUCCCUAGGAGACAUCCGCGAGGAAGAUGACGAAGAGUUCGAGUCCGUGUCCAUGUACGGAAGCUCGCGCACAAACAUGUACAGCUGCCCCCCUUCCAUCUAUACCUGCCACUGCGGAGGACAACCAGACAAGCGGACCAUCAAAAUGCCCCUCCAUUACGACGAGAUCCAGACCUCGUACUCCUCCCUGGGCCGGCGAACGUCUAAACGAGGCCGAGAGUUUAUGAAGUGCUCCAAGAUCACCUUGCCACCCGUCAAGGAGGAUCAGCAAGAGCGACCCUCUACCCCAGUGGAGGACUAUAGUUCGGACGAGUCCGGGAUCUCGGAACACGAUGGUCAGUCUGACCAGGACUGUAAGGGUGGUUACGCGGUGUCCAGCGAAGAUGAGAGCCACCAUUCCAAGCGCCCUUCUUGUGCUUCUUCGGACUCCGCCCUCCGUGACUCUGACAAUCUGUCAUCACUCAGCUCCGAAGGUGAAGGUCAUCAAUGCAUGGAAGAGCACCACCACGACGACGCAUUCCCGUGCGUUGAGUCUCGCUUGCCGGACCACAAGACCAUCAGCGGCGCGCGCCUGCACCGGCAGGCUGUCGUCACAGAGGCCACCGUUCACAGCGAUGACAGCUCCUCGUGUUUUCUGUCGCCAGGCGCGAGGCGGACGAUGGCUCGCAGGUCAGCCUGUCCAGUUCCUCUUCCAUAACCUCGUGCCUCGAGCGGAGAGGUGUCACGUGGAUGUUGGAAAAAAGUCGGUUUCUGACUCCAGGACGAGGUCCGAAAGUCCCAGAAAGAGAAGCGGCACUCCAACGAAAAGCGUGGGAGGAAAGAGUCUGCCGGAGAAGAGAACAGGGACUGGAAAGCAAGGGGACGACUACCAUUUGUAUUCGGAGAUCUCUGGAGAAGAUCCACGUGGUCAGACUUCUGGAGGGAAGAAAUCCACAAGCAAGAAAUCCAGCAAGAGAGAGGGAUCGGCUGGGGCGUCCCCUUCUGCCGUCACGCACACGACGCCAGCGCCAACUACAGCUCCCCCACCCCCUCCGCCUCCACCACCACCUCCUCCUCCUCCUUCUUCAUCCUCAGCACCUCCUCUUUCUUCUGCGACCUCGGUGCC